GACGUCACAAUAUCAUGACGUCAACAGACAUUUAACGUCACAAUAACAUUGCCACCGGACGGCCACUCUCCUGAUUCAUUUGUCGGACCACAGUUAUUGGGAUCCAAAAACUAGGAACUUCUCUGUCAGGCUCACACUCGUCAGUCAACGAGCACGCGGGUUGUGAGAGACAUGGGUUAGAGAGACAAGAUGGGAUGUACAAGCAGUGCUGGAGCAGUCUCCCCAACCCCCGGGGGUAAGGACAAUCAGCGGGAGAAGCAGGAAGAAAAGAAACCUCACCCUUAUCCAUCCCCAGGGUCGAAGUCUGCUACCCCCAGGAGCAGGAAGGGUACAAUGGAGACCGCUGGAAACCAUGUUAAGGUAGAGAUUGAAGAGGUUACCAAUGAAACAGUGGCCAGUCUGAGGGAGAUGCCCCCUAGCUACCCUCCACCGGAACCACCGUCCUACAGCAAGGGGCUCUACCUCAGGGGCGUGAACUUCACCAAGACGGACCGGCUGGCUAGCAGGGUUCCUAAAGACGUCCUUAAUUCCUACGAUCAACUCGUCAAGUACCUCUCACAGGAAUCCACGGAGGACCUCUUCAAGGUCAGGGCGAUACUCGUCUGGCUCGUCCGCGCCUACGUACAACCUCUGCAGAAUAUCACGGGCCAAGGUCAAACUAAAGCCAGCGGCCAAGGUCAUAUUUCUACCCAAGGUCACAACCAAACUAAAGUCAGUAAUCAAGGUCAAGAUACAAUUGUAGACAGUGCUAAUAUGCAUUCGGACAACGAUGGCAAUGUGGAGGAAAAUGUUAACAUGAACGGUUUACUCAAUUGCCGUCAUCGCCCGAAAGAAUCGAUUGAUCAUUUUCCUGGAUUAGACCUUGACCUUGUUCAUAAAGGUCAGGUUGACCUGGCUAUCAUGUUUGCGUUCUGUUGCAGAAAAGCGGGUAUCAAGUGCGUUGUAAUCCGAGGCCAGUGCAAGCCAGACUGGUAUGAGGUGAAUGGGAACAUGCGUCCCAGGGGUGUCUGGAACUCCGUGUACCUGAACGGGGUGUGGCGGUUGAUCCACCCACACUGGAGCAUCAUCCACACCACAGUGGAGGCAUCACGAGUGAAAGAUGAGAUAGUGAUGGAGAACCCCACACUGAAAUAUGCGUUUGAUGAUUAUUACUUCCUUACAAAUCCUGAAGAACUUAUAACAAGUUGUCUGCCAGAUAACCCGAAAUGGCAGCUUUUGAAGAAGCCAGUUCCCAGUGGUCGGUUUCAGCUGAUGCCAUACUUCACCAGGCAUUUCUUUAAACUGGGUCUCAGCUUGUCCAAGGACAAAGACGGCAUCCUGAAAACAUCCCAAGGUAAAGCUAGAGUCGAUAUAGACUUCCCCGAAGGAAACCAGCCUCAGCUGUACUAUCACAUAGCAGAGAAGGAGAUUCCUUCAGCUGAGUCCGUUGUCAUGGAUACAGAUUCACUCAGGAGAUGUGUGUUUAUGUUCAAGAUGGAGUCCACAUAUUCAUUCCGCUUGUGUUUCAAGAAGCGAGGAGUGUACAAUCUAAGGAUUUAUGGCGGUCAUGUGAAACACGUGGAUACCGAGGUUGAUCGAGCACCUUUACUAUGUCAGCUCCAGGUUGACUGUGAGGAACCGGCUCCAACAUGGCUACCCACACCCCUCUCUCCUGCCAUUGGGUGGGGACAAAGUGAACUCGGCGUCAAGAUUGGGGUGAUUCCAAUAUCUCACAAAGGGGGAAUAGCAUGUACGAAUGAGCAUCGUAAAGUCAAUUUCAUGUUCAAGAUAGCGCCAACUGCAGAGCUCCAAGCGAAUCUGAUAUCUUCCAAGACUUCGAAUCCAGUACCAGUCCCUGAUUUUGUUCACAAAGACAACAAAGCAAUAUUGUUGGUGGUUCUACCAAGUGGCGAGGAACUCUGCUUGAGAGUCAACGCUAGGUCCAAAAAGGAAAACGGAAAGGGUUUUGUCAACGUGUGCAAUUUCAUUGUGAAAGGUCAACCGGUGCCUUUGCAGAAGGAGCGAGCCCGAGACCGACGCCUGAAGAACAUGCUUGAGGCGGCCAUGAGAUCCGGGACGGAAGGUCAGCUGGUCAAGGCGAUGAACGAGUACACCAUGUUCGUCCACGCAGACACCGGGGAGCUGGACAGGGCGGAGGACAUACUAGCGUACCUCAGGCUAAAGACCAAUCUGCUUGAUGCCAUACAGAGGGACUUCGUCCCAAACCUUGAGAUGACCAUAUACGAUGCCGAGACUUCCAAACACGUUGAGGAGCUUAAGAGUUACAUCCGGGUGGCUAAGGCUCAUCUCCAUCAUCUACAACGCACUGCGACCUACAGAAACCACGUGCUCACUCUCAACCAAUCACUGUUGCUGGAGAUAAGGGGCUACAUGGAGCCAAGUCCCAUCAUAUAUGACGUCAUGGUGGCAGUCCUUCUACUUCUGGGCGAGAGAAGAUCAAAUCUAUACGAAUGGAAGUAUAUCCGUAGCACCCUCAGCCGGACAGGUAAGGCCAGCAUCCUGAACUGUAUAGAGAGGUUCCACCCGGAACGGGUGAGCCACGACCGGCUUACGGAAGCAGAUGCCAUCUUGUCCAAGCAUUCCCUGGACCAGGUCUGGGAGGCUAGUGCGGGAGCGGCGGUCAUACAUAGAUGGGCCAAAGACGUAAUUGGGAAGAUCAAGUGGGGCGACUCGGCACAGCCUGGGGUAGAUCCAAACAAUGUCGACCAUGCUGAUCUCGAGAAUUCUGGUAAAAGUCUAGAAGGUGAUUCAAACGUUGCGACGGCAACUGAGUUUGUUGAUUUUACAAGCUCGAGUUAUACAGUAAACGGAGUCGGUGGAGGAAACGAUAGCCAAGCUCAGGGUCAUUCUGGGGAUGAGGCUGUAGGUUCCAAUGAUGGGGAUAACAGUCGCUCUCUGCAAUACCAGACAAAGUCAAGGUCAAGAACGUCCACAAGAAGUGAAAGGUCAAAGUCAGAUACGGACCAGGAUGAUUUUGCCUCGGCAAGGAACAUUUCGACUGAGUUUGUUGAUUUUACAAGCUCGAGUUCUACAGGAAACAGAGUUGGUGGUGAAGAUGAACACCAAGAUCAGAGUCAUUCUGAGGGUGAGGCUGUAGGUUCCAAUGAUGUUGUUGAUGAUGGCGAUGAUGUUGCGGCGGCAAGUGAGAUUGUAUACGAUCUUUUUUUUGAUUUUACUCGUGCGAGUUCUACAGGAAACCAAGUCCUUGGUGAACACGAAAGCCAAGAUCAGGGUCAUUCCGAAGAUGAAGCUGUAGCUUUCAAUGAUGGGGAUAACAAAGACUCUUGUUCUCGAUGUCAGCCACCGCACAGAAAUGGUUUCCUUUUUCUGUGUGGGCAAUGUCGUAAAGUAGAUCAGUUUUAGAGUUAAAAAAUUAUUAUUUCAUAUCCAGAACUAGAUUUCAUAUGUAAAUAAUCAUCUGAUAAUUAUAGGUUCUUGUUUACGAAAAUAGUUACAGGGGAAUGCAUACCAGCAGUCAAACGAAUUGCUUCCUCAUUGCCUUUGAGUUCCAGUGUGUGUAUGCGUGUGCGUGCGUGCUUGCGUGCGUGCGUGCGUGCGUGCGUGCCAGCGUGCGUGCGUGUGUCUGUGUCUGUGUGUUGUGUGGCCAGGAUGUUGCUUAGUGCAGUUAAUCACAUUCUCAUGUUUAAUAUAGUUCAUGUUUAGC